UCUCGCAGUUAUUGAUUCGCACUACGCUUUAAUGAACGCGAACAUGUGCGAGAUAAAUAACAGUCCGAUGAGUUUAUUAAAUAUUCAAUUAUUCGGUGAGAUGAAGUGUAGGACUAGCAAUGUUUAAUUAUGCAGCAACUGGAAUUUCCGGUAGAAAAUUCUGCGAUAUAUAACUCGAAAGUUACGAACUUCACUGUCAACGAAAUAAUCAGCGCGAUCCAGAUGCUCGGCCAUAUGUACGACCCAUAUUUCAAUGGGGACGACGACGGGGAGGCUGCAAUCACUGAAAUCCUGACACGAUACUACGGUGUACCCUACGACCUAGCUGGGAUAAUGGGAGACUUGACGCCGAGAUGCGAGGAUCUGCUAGUCACUUGCGCGUUUCACAACGAGGAGAAACAUUGUAUGGAGUAUUUCGAGGUCAGGAGAACGCACAAUGGAUUCUGUUGCACUUUCAAUUACAUUCCUGGUUACAAACAGAAACAGGGAAAUCAAGAAGUAAAACUCGUGAAGCGCGUGGGCUUAAGAUAUGGUUUAUCGGUGGGUCUGAAUCCAAUGCUGGAUGACUACUUCUAUUCUAUACUACCUAUCACUGGCUUCAAGGUGACAAUAUUUCAGCCCCGCGAUUACCCGGAUGUAAGCAGUGGCGGCAUGUCGGAGUUUCUACUCGCGCCUCAGACACGGAAGUAUGUGAAACUACGAGCGGUAGGUCAGACCAGCUCUCAUACAAUUCGAUCUUAUCCCCUCUGUCAACGUAAGUGCCUAUUCCACGACGAGAAGCGUACGAUCUUCGAAUCGUAUUCGGCCAGCGAUUGCAUCCUCGUCUGCAAGAUAGACGAUAUUUGGCAGUUUUGCAAGUGCAAGCUGUUCUUUCAUCCACAGCCUAUCGGGAAUCAAGCCUAUAAUAGGACCUGCAUAAUGGAAGACAUGCCUUGUUUGAGGAGAUACGCAAACAAGACACGUUACCUCGUGCCAUACCGGGACAAGAAUCUGGUGCGCCUGGUAAAGAAAAAUGAAACGCUGUUUUGCCACGCGUGUUACCCGGAGUGCGAUGACCUAAUUUACGAAGUCUCGGGCCAUAUAAAUUCCUUUCAACUGGAGUUAGACAGAUUCUACGAUAAUAUAACGGGUUACACUACGCUGGAUAUAUUCUUCGCUAAUACCAAUACGGUGUACUUGAGACAAAGGAGGAGUUACGAAUGGUACGACUAUUUAAGUGACAUAGGCGGCAUUUGCGGGUUUUUCCUCGGUUGCAGCCUCAUCAGCAUAGUCGAAAUCAUUUAUUAUUUCCUCCUGUUUCUAAUGGAGCUUCUGAUGCCACCGUCUGAACCGGAAACAGAGGAGGAAGCUGGAACUCCGCGUAAACAGCUUCCGAUGCAAAGUCUCUAUUUCAACGAGCUGCUUCCGCGGCCGAGGACUGUGCAAGAAGAUUUUUAACGAUAUCGGAACCCGCAUUAAAGUAAACAGUUUUACUUACCUAUGACACUUAUUCACCGCUUAGAGCGCAAUAAAUUUAAUCACAUAGAAAAGUGUAGCAUUGAAACGUGUUCCAUAAAUCACUUAUCUUCUACG